GCGUUUGAUUAACAGACUGCAAAAGAUAUCUGGAGAAAUUAUGAAAAUGAUUAAAUUAAAUUUAUGUUUAGGAAUAAUUCCCAUCGUGGAAGUGCUAAGAGAACACCCUACUUUAGGGCACAAGAAAAAUAAUCGUAAAAAAAGAAUAGAUAUAAUUUUGAAGCAUUUAGAAAAUAAUUUAUUUACCGCACGGUGUAUAGAUUUCGAGGAUGUAUUGAAUAACUUGAUUCUAGUGCGGCAAAACGAUAAGUACAUGUUUUAAUAAACACGGCGAGAAAUAUAAAUUUAUACAAAUCGAUCACGUGGAUAAUCCAUUGUUAUUUAAACAUAUACAUCCAGUUAUCGGAGAUAUCUUGGAAGAUGAAUUCGAGUUUAAAUUUAUUUCUAAACUUAUAACUGAAUUCGAAAUAUCAUUAGUAAACGAGACAAAAGUAAUUUGCGGAGACGUGUUGAACAAGAACGCUUCCGAUGCUCUGGAAAGAAACAAGAAUGCAAAUGCGAAAUUGGAACAAAACGAGAGGGGACAUUUGAUGAAGCAAAUAUUCGGUGGCUUCGAUUCGUUCGAAAAAUUAUUGGAAGACAAAGGCAGAGAAAUAGCUAAAGAAACUGAAGUAGACCCGGGAUAUAAUUUUCAAUCUAAUAUGAAAAGUUAUUUCGAUGCUCAAACCGAACGAAUUAAAACAAUGGUAGACUUAUCUGACGAUUCUCCGAACGUAGACAUGGACGCGUUGUUUGAACAAAUCAAUGGUCAAGUAGAUUAUUGGACAACAACGCUACCCUCGUCAUCAUCGGAGGAAGCAGAGGAAAGUGUUUUAGUUGAUCAAUUACAUUCUCAUCUGAAUAUGAAGCAACUUAUUGCAUUUUUAAAAAGCAAAUUGAGAGAGUUAAUUGUACAGAGAAAUUUAAUGGUAAAAGAAAGUAAAGAAAACAAAAUUCGAAUGUGUUGUUAUGAACAAAUGAUUAAAUCUGGGGCUAAAAACAACGCUGGACAAAUUCAAGAAAUCAAUGCAUUGAAAAAGAAGGUUAAGCAAUUGGAAGAUAUUGAUAAAUCGUUAAUACAAAAAUUUCAACUGUUGUUGGACAGAGUAUACAAUUCAGAAAGGGAGCAGAGUUCGGAAAGAGAGAAUCAUAAACAAAUGGUUAAUACCUUGAUGUCGAAUUUUAUGUGUUCCAAAUCCGAAGAAGAUUUCUCGGCUAUGUUGAGAGAUAUAAAAGAAUUUUCUUGGAGUACUUUUCAAUUGGGAGAACAUGAUUAUAAAUUUUCGAGGGAAGCUUUUUCCAAGCUUUUCAUGGAAGUUAAUGUUUCGUGUAUACCUGUUUUUAAAAACGUCCAUUCUAAACAAGAAUUGCAGAAAAAAAAUCUAUUCCUCCAAGAAGAUAUAAGAGAUGAAAUUAAAUAUGAUGCCUAUAAUUUAGGUUUUCAUAAAAGUAAAAUUCAGGUGAUGCCUUCUCUUUCCAUUUCAGAACAAAUUGCGAAUAUUGAAAGAAGUUCAAAUGAUUUUGUAAAAGAUGAUUCGUCUGAUAAAAUAAAAUUUAUAAAUAUUAAUCCUUUGAAUGAACAUAGGUUGGUCAAUUACGAAUCUUUAACCAAUUCUUCUGCAGUCGAUGCAUUCGACGUGAGGUUUUAUGGAGUUAAGUACGCAUCCAAAGGAAACAUAUUGAAAAGAAAGAAGAAGGAAUUGAAAAUCAAAUGGGAUCGGAUUGUCAAUUCUAUAUUUUCUCUGGGGGGGGUGAUGUAUACCCAAAAUGGACAAAAUAUGGGAGUUAAGAAUUUAACGUAUCAUUCCAUAAACAAAAACAUCGUGCCUUUAUGUAACCUUUUGUUCGGUGAAAAUGAUUUUACCGAUAAAGCUAUAGACGUUACUUUAUACCUUGACAAAGAAGAAAAAAACUCUCACAAGUCGAAUCAGCAUUCUUUAUUUAUUCAUGAUAUUUUGUAUAACAUUUUAUUUAGUAAAUAUAAACAUUUGAUUUGAAUCGUAUACGAUAUGUUUAUUACUUAUUUAUUUAAGCAUUCAUAUUUUUAUUCCAUUGGUGGCAUGUAGGUAGUUUCCUUUAUGUUUUCGUAGGGCUCUGAGUCGUUUUGAUAGAGCUCCGCGUCGUUUUCGUAGUGCCCUGUGUCGUCCAAGCGAAGCAAAGACUGUAAUUCUUCUUUUCGAGAUGCUGAUUUUCUAAUACAUUCUCUACUUAUAGUUUUUGUUUUAAGUAAUUUUCUUGAAGCAAAAUAUAUAGAUUUAAAUAAAUUUAAACAUAUAAUUAAGAAUAUAAAAAUAAUCAAUAGAAGAAUACUUUCGUCUAUCAAGUGUAAUCUGUCGUUGAAAUAUAUAUAUAUCUUAUGCGCUUCGUCGAUCAACUCUUCAGACAUCUCGAACGAGAACAAUAUUCCUCGGUGAUAAUGAAAAAGACUAUAUUUCGUCCUCACACGGAAUAGAACGUAACAAAGGAGCCGUUAAUUCCGGAAUUUGUAUGGAAAAUGUAUGUUUAUAAUUCGAUAAUACGCCGUUCAAAACUGUCAAUUCCUUUAUAAAUAUGAUUCCAUAUGUUGAUCUAUUGAUAAAUUGAUCUUGCAUACGCAAUAAAUUAAUACUUUCUUCCGAAUGUAUAAGAGGCCAAGAAAUUAAUAAAAUAAACAGCAGCAUGAUAUACACAAACAUGCUUUAUAAAAAAAUAAAACUACUUAUCAUAAAAUACGUUUUUUGGAUUAAACAACUUCUUGUUUUCGUAUAAUAAUUCUAGCCAUUAUUUCGUGGGAAACAUAUCCCGGUCUCUGGAGGCUAUUUCUAAAUUUUUCUUCGAUGCUCGAUUCUUUCGAAGGUCGUAUUUUUCCUUAAAACAAAUAUACAACGUUAUAUAUUUAAGAUAUUAUAUUUAAUAAAUAUAUGUAUUACUUUGAGCUUAGAAUACGGGAAAAUGUUUUCAUCGAAAAAGUUAAAUACAAAUAA